AUGCAUUCGCAACGUUUCCUGUUUCGUUUUGACCCCAGUCGACCUCCGGAUACCUACCUGAUGACGGUCGCUACCUUUGGAGCAACAUGCUCUCCAUGUUCCGCGCAGUACGUGAUGCACCGUAACGCCGACGAGUUUGCUGAGAAAUUUCCGGUAGCAGCAGAAGCUAUAAAGCAGAAAACCUACAUGGACGAUUACUUCGACAGCGCGGAUACGGCUCAAGAAGCAGCUGAACGAGCUCAACAAGUGAAGUUCAUCCAUUCGCAAGCUGGAUUCAACAUGCGCAACUGGGUCAGCAAUAGUGUUGAAGUGCUGCACAGUCUGGGAGAAACCCCCAAACAAUCACUGCGGCCGCUGUCUAGCGAUCAAAGCGAGGAUCGAGAACGCGUCCUUGGUAUGCUCUGGGAUCCGAUCAACGACUGCUUCCUGUUCUCCGACAACUGGCAGGAAGAAUUGACUCCGUACGUAUGUGAAAACCGUCGGCCAACCAAACGAAUAGCACUGCGCUGUAUUAUGAGUCUCUUUGACCCAUUGGGGCUACUGGCACCACUCCUCAUACACGGACGAAUACUGAUUCAGGACAUGUGGCGUUCAGGAAUGGCGUGGGAUGAAGACAUACCGGAUGAAGUAUUUAGAAAAUGGCAGCAAUGGACUGGGCUGCUCCCAAUGGCAUACCAACUGAAGAUCCCGAGGUGCUACUUCGGAGACGCAGACCCGUGCUCAUAUCGAACUCUGCAGCUACACGUGUUCACAGAUGCGAGCGAAAAUGGAUUUGGAUGUGCUGCUUACUUCAGAAUAGUCGAGAAAGGACAAAUUCGGUGUUCGUUGGUCAUGGCCAAGAGCAAGGUAGCGCCUCUGAAAUACCAAUCUAUUCCACGAUUGGAACUACAGGGGGCACUCAUAGGCGCGCGGUUGAUGAAUAGUGUUUGCGAAAGCCAUACGCUGAAGAUCGACCAGAAGUUCUUGUGGACUGAUUCCAGCACCGUUCUUGCCUGGAUACGUUCCGAACACCGGAGAUACAAACAAUACGUUGCACACAGAGUUGGAGAGAUACUGACGCUGUCGGAACCGGAAAACUGGCGAUGGGUACCAUCGAAAGAGAACGUAGCAGACUGCUUGACCAAGUGGACUAAAGACACAGAACCGAGCUCUAGCGGCAGAUGGUUGAAUGGCCCUUCGUUCCUGUAUCACCUGGAAAGAGAAUGGCCGGAACAGCGACAUCCAGCAGAAACCAACGAAGAACUCAGAAGUCACGUGCUGUUGCACCGUGUUGCUAUACCCAAGAAUCUUGUGGACGCUGGCCGAAUCUCGAAAUGGAAUGUAUUAGUGCGAACGAUUGCAUUCGUCCAUCGCUUCAUCUCUAACUGUAAACGUCACCUGCAGGGUUAUCCGAUAGAAACAAUUAGGGCAACGGCUGCCCAGGAGAAACUGCUCAUCAAGCCGAUACCUGCGAAGUUGAUACCGCUAUGCCAACAGGAGUAUGUGAAGGCGGAAAUGUUCUUGUGGCGCGCUGCUCAAAGUGAGUCCUAUCCCGACGAAAUGCGAGUGUUGCUGAACAAUUGGAACAAACCAACGGAAGAGCUCCUCAACGUAGAAAAAUCAAGCUCUCUGUACAAGUUAACACCCUUUGUGGACGAACACGGCGUUAUCCGAAUGGAAGGCAGAACAGCGAACGCCGCUUACGCAGCUUUCGACACCCGUUUCCCCAUCAUCCUACCAAAAGAUCAUCCGAUAACGCAACGUCUAAUCGAACAUUACCAUGGACAGUUCGGACACGCUAACAAGGAGACCGUAGUGAACGAGUUACGACAACGUUAUUACAUCCCCUGCUUAUGUACUACUGUGGACAGAAUUUCGAGAAACUGCCAGAGAUGUAAAGUAGCCAAGUGCAGGCCGCAGACUCCGCGCAUGGCACCACUUCCCAAGCAACGACUGACGCCGUACGUGAAGCCGUUUAGUUACGUCGGAAUAGACUAUCUGGGUCCUCUGGAAGUCACUGUGGGACGGCGUAGAGAGAAGCGGUAUAUCGUCGUAUUCACCUGCCUGGUUGUGCGGGCUAUUCAUCUGGAACUGGCGUAUAGUUUGACGACCGACUCGUGCAUCAUGGCAAUCCGAAGAUUCACCUGCAAAUGGGGCUCUCCAGUGGAGAUCUUCACUGACAACGGCACCAAUUUCGUGGGCGCCAACCGAAAAUUGAAGGAGCAGAUCAAGAUGAUUAACGACAAGUGUGGCGAAACCUUCACGGACGCGCGGACAAAAUGGUCCUUCAACCCCCCCGCUGCGCCUCACAUGGGGGGCGUAUGGGAGAGAAUGGUUCGUAGCGUGAAAGAGACGAUGCAAGCGUUGGAGGAUGGGCACAAACUCAACGAUGAAAUCCUACUCACAGUGCUUGCGGAAACCGUCGACAUCAUUAAUGCUCGACCGCUCACCUACAUGCCGCAGGGACCGAACGAGUGUGAGGCACUCACGCCGAACCACCUUCUUUUUGGAGAAUCUGCUAGGACACACGAGGAGAUGAGAGAGCCAGUAGACUUAGCUGAAGCGUUGAGAAGCAGCUAUAAGCGUUCGCAGUUCCUGUCCCGUAUAGCAUGGGAGCGAUGGCUAAAAGAAUAUUUCCCAACAGUGAACAAGAGAUCGAAGUGGUUCGAAGAAGCGAAACAUAUGAAGGUAGGAGAUCUAGUAUAUGUGGCAGAAGGCAACCGACGAUCAUGGGUACGCGGCAGAGUAGAAGAAGUGAUGGAAGGAGGAGACGGUCGAGUACGACAAGCCGUCGUACGAACAGCCCGGUCGACUGAAGAGACCAGUAGUGAAGCUGGCGGUUAUGGAAGUGACUAG